CCAAGGGAACCACUCGCAGACUACGAUACAAGUAUAAAAAUGCGCUUGCUUUUAACCUUGCUAGUUAAGUUGGUGUUCAUUUAUUCAAAAGAAUCAUCACUCACCAACAUCGGGAUAGCGAUCAAUCGUUCGCAUACUGUGGAAUCAUGAGGAAUGUGAAAGAUUGGGCUACUAUCGUCAUCUUGCACUUGUCCCUUUGGAUUGCCACUUCUGACACCAAAACUAUAAGCAGCUUUGGAAUUCGUUUCUCGGAAACAUGCAAAGGGUUCCAAAUUUUAGAAGGCACCAACAUGAAAUGCAUCUUAUGCUCAACCAUGUGUCUUGUUCAGUCGAAAUUAGAGGAGAGAUUUCAACCCGAAAGUCACGGUGUCCUGGUCCGCAAUUCAGACAAGCAAUGCACCCAAAUCAGAAUUGAGACUGACCAGGUCUUUUGCUUUGAAACUGAUUUUGUAGAUGAAGAGACGAUGACCCUCGUGGACACUGAGCGCGCAAAACCAGUAUCUUUAAACAAAGAGCCGUAUGUUACUCUGUUUUUGACAGGAGCACUGAAAUUCGCUCCCAUUAACGACACUCAAAAGACAUUGCCCGCGGUUAAUGCUCCUCCACCACCAAUCCCGUUUGACUUCAACAAUCUCCUCACAAUUUUCAACCGUGGAUUUAUUAUAUGCACAAGAAUUUUAGAUAUGUGCUACCAUUGGCCUUUCCAUGAGAACGAGUGGCAUUCAUUUCCACCACCGAAUGAACGCCAUGAAAUGGGCGCCAUUGGUCUCUUAGGAAACCAAUUAAUCAUGAUCGGGGGUAAAAACAAUGAUGGAGAGCCAACAGAUAUUUGUGAGCUUUUCGACCCUCAUACUUAUUCCUGGAGUGAUGGUCCUAAAUUGCCUGUGGCUUUAGGUUAUUUCACUCUGGUUCAAGUCAGCUCCACCACAAUCCUCAUAGUUGGAGGCUACAAUAACACACCUAAGAGCGAUACCUAUCUUUUGUCCAAGGGAGAUAAUCAAUGGACCAAGUUGGAGGAUAGGCCGGAACCUGUUUAUCAUUCUUGUUGUGGGGUGGUUAUUCUGGGCGAUGGUAGAAGAGGGGCCUUAUCCGUUGGAGGGAAUGUCAAGUGUUGGCGGAGCGAAGUAGCCGUAGUAAUGAGUGGUACCUGACCCGGAGGAUCACGGCAGGGCGUGAGAUAUUCUCCGUCUGGUCAACGAAUCUUUUUAUUAGAGAGCAAACCUAGCCUGAUGGAGUUCACAAGAGAAGUCUCUUUCUUGUAUUCACGAUUCUACCAAGUGAGCACAACAACGCCGGAGAUUCAUAAUCGUUGGUAAUGUCACACACUCUGAGGGUGUUCUUGGUUUUAAAUCUUGUUGCAUUUACUAUUUCAUUGUUCACAUAUUCUCAAUCAGAUUCCCUUGGACUGAAGACCUAAUUCAGUGCAGGAAGGUAAUUCUUCCUUUGGCUUGAGCAUGAUGCAUCAAAUUUCCCAAGACUCCACAUUUCCGUGGCUUAACAUCAAACAAGGAAGCUUUACUGACAUGACAAUGGCUAAUACUGUUUUUCCAUCAUGACGUUUGCGACGUUGUUUCAACUCUCAUCAAUCAUUACCCCAUCUAGGGUCCCAAUCUUGACUCGUCAAAGCAUUAUAUGAAGUGCAUUUUGAACAACUGCCAAAAUUAAUAUAGGACGCAAACCCCAUGAGAUAUUGGUCACCUUAAAUUUUAGUAAAAGCAAUUGUAACGAGUAACGCCAUUACAUCUCUUUGUUUUAGUAAUGGUUGUGUAACGAAUUAUCAUUUUGGACCAAACUGUAACUGUAAUUCGUUUCAUUUAUUGAGGAACGGCUAAUGCCCUGAAAAUCUGUUUCGAAACUUUUUAGUUCUUCUGAUCGUUUACAUUUUUGAAGUGGAGCCUCUUGCCAAAUCUCGAGCGUCUCUCUGCAUUCAGGGUCCCUAGUACGAGCCAGAAACGACCAGGUCAUUUGAUAUAACAACAUGAAGCCUUAAUUGUAGAUGAUUGGCUUUUGGGCAAGUGAUUGAUAUUUUUAGGAACGGGACUUGAGCUUAGGUGUCUCUUAAUCAUCUGCAUAGAAACAUGAAAAUCAUGAUUUAGGCCAUGGUAGUCCUAAAAAGCAAAAGGAAACCAAGUAACGGCCCAAAGUAGUCCCAGCCGCCUAAGAGGGUCCAAUAAGCCCCUGACAUUCCCGCUCGUGGCGGUAAGAAAAUAAUGGAAUCACCUAACCUUUCAUGAUCAUUCCUUUUCGUUGAAUAUUUGUUUUUAGUAUUUUCCUUGCCCUUAGGGGGCUAGGGGUAAUUCCGUAAUGUUCAGGUGUUUUCUCCGAGUUUCCACAAAAUUAACAGUUUUGGUGUGAAAUAAUCCUAAAAUUAACUGAAGCGAUUCAAAUAAUCGGAUGACCGGAUCAACCGCAUGAGUGGAAGUUAAGAAUUGAAUCAUGCGAUUGUUUGAGGAGAAAGGAUAUCGCAUGAGAUAUUUUUCAAAGGUCGCGUUUGUGGUGUCCCAGACAUUUUUAGAUAUUGUACCAGAGGUCCAUACUAGAAGUGUGUACUAGUAUAAAGGUAAGAUGAAAGUCUGAAAGCGUCGCAAAACAAGGAGAAGAGGAAGGUUGGAAAGGUCAAGAGUUGGGAAAAGGAAACCGAUCUUACCUCUCGCUCUAGCGUCAACCUCUCAAAGGUGGCUCGAAAAAGACAGUUGCGAGCUGAAGGUGACUCCAAGGUACUUAAAGUCAUUCCCUUUUUCGAUGACUUGGCCUCCAUAGUACAAAGAGGACGGGUGAAGUCUACCCUUGUGGAGCACUAGUACUUUUGACUAGAUGGGGUUGAUGAUUAGAUUAUUUUUUAGGUUGUAU